AUGGACCCUCAACAACCUACACAACAACAACAACAACAGAAUGGUGGUGGCGGUGGUGAUACAUUGUCAGCAGCAGUGGCAGAGUUGGAUAAGCUAGAGUCAUUGUUGGCCAGUGGUUAUCUGUCACGUCCAUUCUCUGUGGAUGUGUCAAAACAACAGCAACAGACGAACAAGUCGACGACGAACGAACCAGCAGCAAAGCAGACACCUGCACCUACACAAGCAGCUCCUUCAAAGCAACAACAGCAGACUUCAUUGCAGACUGCACAGCUUACACAAUUGCUUCAAUCACAAGUGCAGGCACAUCAACAUCAACAAGCAGCAGCAGCAGCAGCAGCAACAGCACAGGUACCACCUGCAGCAGCAGUAGCAGCAGCAGCACAAGCUCCACCUGCUGCUGUGACUCAGCCACAACCUCAAGCGCCACAGCCACAGGCUACAAUUCAGAUUGCAACUCAGGCUCAGGUGGCCCCAACACAAUCGCAACAACCUCAGACGCCACAGCCACAGGCAGCCAAGCCACAGGCCACUCAGGUUCAGGUGGCCCCAACACAAGAGUCACAGCCACAGGCAGCCAAGCCACAUCCCACCCAGACACCAGCACCCCAGACACAGGCUCCUAAGCCACAGGCCAUCCAACCUCAGGCUUCACAAACACAAGCACCUCAGCCUCAGGUGCCACAACCACAGGCUGCACCGGCACAGGUGACUCAGUCGUCUGUGACACCUAAGCCUCAGGCUGCUCCUGCUACACAACCCCAGCCACAACAAACUAAACAGGCAGCUCAGCAACAGAAGAAACAGGCGCAACCAAAACAGAAUGAUGUCAAGGACACAUCACAGGUUCCGAAGACACAGCCUCAACCUCAACCUCAGGCGCAAGCUACUCCACAGGUAGCACAGCCUCAGACACAACCUCAGUCACAGCCCCAAACAAAGCCUCAGACUAAGCCUCAGAAUAAGACUCAGACCAAGCCUCAAGCACAAACAAAGCCACAAUCUCAAACUCAGCCACAGACGACACAGCCUCAGCCACAGGCUCAGGCUCAGCCACAGACAACACAACCCCAACCUCAGGCUCAGCAACAGACGACACCACCUCAAACACCACCUCAGGACAAUUUGGAAGAAGAUGUACAACGAUAUGAUGAUGACGAUAACAACAACAACAACAACAAUAGCAAGGAGUUGGAACUUUUGCAAGAGUUGGAAGAGAUGGAAGCAGAAGUAAUGAUGCUGAGGCGAAAGGAAUAUCUCUCAAUGUCAGGCGACAUGAAACGCAACGAAUCACUGCUGUUCCUCGAGCGCAAGGGUUUGGUCAAGGAGAUCAGUGCCAAGUUCCAGACACCCGACACAGCCUCCUUCACCAAGUUCAAUCCCAACACACAUCUCUCCAUCAAGGAGAGAAUCCUGCACUUGAAGCGAGAGAAUGAGCGCAGGAGCAAAGAGGUCGAGGCCAUCAGACGAGAGACUGUCAUCCAGCUCGCAGACGAGGACGAGACAUCGACGAUGGACUCGCCAACAAGCAGUCUUAGGGAGAGAAUAUACAAGUCUGUGUCCGAGCCACUCGCGCCACAGGACCCAAAGAAGACAUCGCCAGCCGAUGGCCACAAGUCGACACAGGUGGCCACCUCAAAGUCCCGCGCUGCUGACCCCGUGUCACCAUUGCUGUUGUCAACAACAUCAACACCAGUCACCAAGCCCAGCGGCAAGGGUAGCAAGAUCAUCAUUCGUAGACGAAGGAAUGCUGCGGCAGCAGCGUCCCAUGAUCAGAUGAGCAUGAUGGCGCUCACACAUUAUCUCAACAUCCCGCCCAACCCUGCCAAGCCACCAAUCACAUCCAACACAGCCAGCCUAACACAGCCGACCAAGGACUUUAUCAAGACGCUAGUGUCGCUGUCCGACACUGGCAAUGAUAUCAUCCUGGACACUUCGCUGCCCACGCCCAACAGCUCACCGGACGCAGGCACCGCUCCCGAUAUUCAGUACACGCAACUGCGUACCCGCGCCAUGAAGGCAGCUUUCAACGUGCUCUUCACACUGCCCAAUCAAACAUCGGUGAUCAUGCCAUGUCAGAACACUGACACUAUCGAGGCCAUCAAGGAAAGGCUUGUGCAGUACAUGUUGAAGGCAUUUUGUACUACUACUACUACCACCCCGGCCACAUCAGAUGCGGCCAAUGGCGAAUCAUCAGAGACAGACGAGUCGGCCUCCAAUCCCGCCACACCACCCUCCCCUCCCAUCAAGAUCAUGCCCGAGAACUAUGUAAUUGUUGACUACUUCAACAAGCCUCUCGAGAAGUCAAUGACCUUGACCAAGAGCGAAUAUAUAAUGCACAGGAGAUCACGUGGAUUGCAGCCAAAGCUGAAGUUGGUUGAGAAGGUCAACUUCUACGACGCCGAUCCUUCAACGGAACUCAGUGAACAGUCAUACGAGAUCAUCAAACAGAUUAUACCCAAUGUCAAGAGUUGGCAUGGAGAAGAAGUGGACUACUUCAGACGCAUCGCUGCACGUCUGCGUUACGAACUGUUGCCACACAUCAAGGGAACUGUUCACUCAUCGCUCACUGAACGUCUGUCCCCACUGCCACUUCCAACGCCUCCCAACAACAACAAGUUCCUCGUCUCCAUCUUCCUUCCCAUCCUCCAAGUCACCAGAACUGUUGAGAUUGAGAUUAACGAGAUAGCAGAUGAUGUAAUCGCAAGGAUAUUCAAUAGGAACUAUGCCAAGCAUUUGCCACCACAGGUUAGUGCAGGAGACUUCAUUCUCAAGGUGAUGGGACGAUCAGAGUACAUUCAUGGCACACACAAGAUAACUGUCUACGAGUACAUCCGAUCAUGUCUGGUACAGAGCAAGAAGAUACAACUCGUCUACGUUCAAAGACCAACCAUUGAGAUGGACAUUGCACCAUUCAAGCCAAGAUUCAAUCUAUCCAAAGAGUUGCCAAUCAAACAUGAGGUUGGAGCACUGUCUCAUCGCGCACUGCCUUGGGAUCAUAUGAAUCACAUCUCUGUUCGAGACAUCAAGCGACCAUUUAGGAUCAAGGUGGGCGGCGCCUACAACAUCCCAACGAGCUAUCUGAGCAAGGAGGACGAGAGCAUAUCGGUGAUCGUGUCAAUCUCUUUGUAUCAUGGUGUCGAGUGCAUAUCGACCUCGUCCACCAAGCUUCAGAACAUACUCCCGCCAUCAUUCUAUGCCACGCCACCCGCAUCGCUCAACGCCACGUGGAAUGAGAACGUGACCUUCUCCAACUUGGACUAUGCCAACCUGCCAAUGGAAACACGUCUCUGCAUUAGUCUUUACGCGAGCACUUCGUUCAAGACUCCCACAUCGCCCACUGCCGCCUCAUCCAACACCGAGCUCGACCAACAGCGCAAGGAGUCCUUCCCGAUCGGAUGGGUCAACGUCAUGCUCUGUGACUACAAGUCGCAACUGCGCACGGGCCCAAUGACCCUGCAUCUGUGGCCGGAUGAUGUGGCCAAUCCCCUGGCGCCCUGCUCCAGCAAUCGCCAGAGCGGUGUCGCGCUGUUCAUCGAGUUUGAGCAGUUUGCGCUGCCGGUGGUGUUCCCCUCGUGCAACAACCGCGUUACAAGCACCCGUCCCCACACCAUCAACCCCAAGGACAUGGUUGAGUUCUUUGAAUCGAUCAUCAAGCUCGACCCGCUCAGCGACCUACCCAAGGAGAAGUACCAGCAUCUGUGGGCGUUGCGACACUACGCCACCCAGUAUCCUCAGCUACUACCGCGUCUCAUGCUCAGUGUACCCUGGACACAGCCAUCGGCUGUGGACGAGAUCCACGCACUGAUCGACAAGUGGGCCAUCCUGAAUCCCUACGAUGCACUGGAACUCCUGGAUGCCAAACACGUCGAUCGCAAGGUGCGCGAGUACGCCGUGCGCUGUCUCGAGUCGCUCUCUGAGGAGGGCCUGCAAGAUAUCCUGUUGCAGUUGGUCCAGGUGCUCAAAUGCGAACCCUACCACGACUCCCCAUUGGCACGCUUCCUCCUUCGUCGCUCUAUACUCAACCGCACGACAGGACAUCACUUCUUCUGGUAUCUCAAGUCCGACUUGCACGUCACCAACAUUGCCGAGCGCUUUGGACUCUUGCUAGAGUCCUACCUCCUCGCUUGUGGCACGCACCGCAAUGAGAUACAGCGACAGAUACAGGUCAUCGACAGCCUGACCGAGGUGGCCAGGAAGAUCAAGUCGCUGAAGGAUCAAGAUCGUCGCGAGACACUAAUGCGCGACCUCGAGCGCAUCGAGUGGCCCAAGCGCUUCCAGAUCACACUGAAUCCUAAGUUCGAGUCGAAUGGUCUCAUCAUCCAAAAGUCCAAGUACAUGGACUCCAAGAAGCUGCCGCUGCGGCUCUCAUUCACAAACAUCGACAUGGAUGCCGAGCCAAUCGAUGUGAUAUUCAAGGUGGGCGAUGAUCUGCGCCAGGACAUGCUCACACUCCAGAUGAUCCGUCUGAUGGACAAGCUCUGGCAGAAGGAGGGUCUGGAUCUCAAGCUGUCGCCAUACGGUUGCAUUGCCACGGGUGAUAUGAUUGGAAUGAUCGAGGUGGUGCUCAACUCUGAGACCACGGCCAAGAUCCAAAAGAGUGCUGGUGGUGCCACUGCCGCCUUCAAGCUGGAUCCACUCGCCAACUGGCUACUCAAUCACAACAAGACCGAACAAGAGUAUCAAAAGGCUGUGGACACAUUCAUUCUCUCCUGCGCUGGCUACUGUGUUGCCACCUAUGUAUUGGGCAUUGGAGAUCGUCACAAUGACAAUCUGAUGUGCACAAAGCUUGGUAGACUAUUCCACAUUGACUUUGGACACUUCUUGGGCAACUACAAGAAGAAGUUUGGAUUCAAACGAGAGAGAGCACCAUUUGUAUUCACGCCAGACUUUUGUUAUGUGAUGGGAGGCAAGGAGAGCCCCAAGUUUGCCCAGUUUGUAAACUACUGCUGCACGGCCUACAACAUAUUGCGUCGUCACGCCAAGUUGUUCAUGAACCUCUUUGCAAUGAUGGUGUCCACUGGCAUACCAGAGUUGCAAUCGAUGGAGGAUCUCAACUACCUUCGCGAAUCAUUCUCACUGGAGCUCACAGACGACAAGGCCAGGGAGAAGUUCACAUCACUCAUACAUGAGUCAUUGACAACAAAGACCACACAGCUAAACAACGCAAUACACAUUCUGGCGCAUUAA